GAUUGGGUUGCCCCGUUAGACGUACUUAACCCUCGCGGAGAAUAGAAAUUUCCCCACAUCAACAAGUAAAAGCCCUUACUUUCUAGAGUUUCUCUUCAUUUCUUUCUAGACGAAAUUUCCAUCAUUUCUCGCUAACAACAAUGGCAUCUCAGAGCAGAAAAGCAGCUAUAACAAGCGGCAACGGAGAAGGAAUCUUAUCUAGGGUUUCAAGUAGUGUAUCUGAAUCAAGAGUAGUUUACCAUGGGAAAAAUGCUGCAUCCACUACAGCUUAUUUUACCAAAAGACUCGUCAAGAGUACUGGCAAAGCAGCUUGGAUUCUUGGAACAUCUUUCUUGGUUCUCGCCGUUCCUUUUAUCAUUACAUAUGACCGUGAUCAACAGAUUACUGAACUUGAGUUGCAGAAUGCUAGUUUGCUUGGAACUCCAGCUCCUGCUGGCAAGUGAAAUUGAACGAUUCGGUUUCAAUCAGGUCAGAAAAAUGAUGCUUUCGUUCUAGGGUUUUUGUCUGAGAUUUUAUGGCUUUUUAUGAGGAAUUGUGAAUGGUGAUUUUGAGGUCCUUUUAAUUUGUCGCAGAGUAAAAACUUAAUUUUACUUGGGUUGACUUCAUAUAAUAUAGACGGCAUUAAGAAUGUAGAAUCUGUCUUUUGUUUCCAUGAAAUUCUCUGCUUAGUCAAUACAUUUGGUUUUAUUUGUAUGGUAUCAUCUAUUUCUAAUGAUAAAAAGAAUGUUUAUGCUGGCUUCA